AUCUUUACCGUAUGUAUCGCCAUGAAUCCACAAAUUUGUACGGAGGCCUAAAUGGUCACAUAUCGCAAUAAAUAGAAUUUAACUAAUUUCCUGAAAAGUUUCUAAAUUUUUAGAAAUGGAGUUCGAAUCAUGGAUGAACCAUCAGUUUCAUUGGUUUUGCGUGUGCAAACCGUGACAUCUUCCCCAAUUUUCUUUUUUUCAGAAACAUGGAUCUAAAAAUGGUCAGUCAUGAUUCUCUGCAGAAGAUCUCAGAUUAAUCUUGUAUUUUGAGAGUGAUUAAAAAUUUUCCUAGCGAAAUAUACGAAAUAUACGAAAUUUUUCCUAGCGUAAAUAUGCGAAAUUUCAAUUUUAUUUCUCCAUAUCGCUUGACAUAUUUCGAAUUGCUAGACCGCAGGAUGCCCUGUUUAUAGGAGUAAUAAGUUCAGCUGUCCCAUUUGAGCCUCCGCCCUCUCACGUACCCUCGGGACCAGCUGUAGCUCCGUGACCCAGUUAUCCCGGUGUGCGUCCUUCGGCGACCUCGCCUGACCCCGAUGACCUCGUCGUGAACUUGACCCGUCUCAGCAACCGCUCCAUGACGUCGCUGCCCGCCCCAACCUUAUAAUACGUAAGGGUUGCGCGAACGUAAACGUAGUUGACAAGCCCAGAGAUUCAGCAACAAGGGGUGCGACUAGUUGCUAAUUGAUCGGCUGUCGCUUUACGUCGCGGCUCUUCCGGGGUGCGUGGCACCUGGUUGUACCCAAUUUAAUUCAUUGACGCGAAUUAUGGUCUGGCUGUUUAUGCAAAUACAAACAUGUAGCUAUGUAAUUAGUUCCAAAAAAAAAAAAAAAAAAUUCAAGUAGUCUGUGAGAAUGAUGAUGAUGGUAAAUGUAGAAGAUAAGAAUCAGAUUCACAUCUUUCGAAAUUGUAAUACACAUCAGUUAUUAUUGAUGGAAUUUUCUGUGUGAAUCAUAUUUCGGAUCGAAAAAUGAUUGAAACGGUACAUCUGAAGAUCAUUUGUACUAAUGAUUCCAGUAAACGCGGUGUCUAGAGAAAAGUUGGUACCGUUUUUUCCCUCCCCUUAUAUCGGUAUCUUGAGAGCUCGAGAUGAUGUCAAGAUGACGACGUGAACAUAUAAUACACGGGUCAGAUUUCAAAAAAUUCAGGACUUCAUCUCAAAUUCAGAAUUAUUCGUCAAAAAUGUGGUAAUUUUUCUCUUCAGCGGUUAACAUGAACCGGGUAAUUUUAGUUUCAUCCCCUUCGAAGUCUCGAUAUCUCAAUAUUUUUCAGUCGCGCGGUAGAACAAAGCCAGAUGCUUCCAACGGCGAAGAAGAAAGUUUACCUUUUUUUUUUUAAGUUUUUUUUUUUAGAAGUCGAGCGAGAAUGUUCAUUGACGAGAUGCGCGUUGCGCAUUGAUACCUGUGCACCGUAUCAUACAUAGGUAUAUAUUUCGAAAAGUUCACCGGUUACUGGGAUAGAGAUUGAACGUUGUGAAGGAACCCUUAGCCGGGUUGGGCGCAGGUCCCAAUCGAUUCAUCGUCUGUGUAAGACGCGGAGGAGUGAGGAUAGCCUCCGUCGACGAGCGGCAACGAGAAUACCGUCGCUUCCAUCCUGACAACGAACUGCUGGCUGCACCUACGAAUAUCCCGAUACAAUAGAGUAAAUAUGGCGCUGGAUUUUGCAGCCACCUACAAAGUUCUUGUAUUAGGAGAUUCAAAUGUUGGUAAAACUUGCAUUGUUCAUCGUUACUGCGAUGAGCGAUACUAUGACACUUACAUAUCAACCAUAGGCAUUGAUUUUAAACAAAAAAUAAUAAACUUGGAUGGAACUCCGAUAAAACUUCAAAUAUGGGAUACCGCCGGCCAGGAAAGAUUCAGAACUCUUACGACGGCCUACUAUCGCGGGGCGAUGGGGAUCCUCUUGAUGUACGACGUGACCAGUAUGGAGAGUUUCAAUCACCUUUCCUAUUGGCUUCGCAAUAUCCAAGAGAACGCCUCCCCAGACGUCGUGAAGGUAUUGGCAGCUAAUAAAUGUGACGCUACUAGUCACAGAGCUGUUGACGCCGCGAGGGGUAAUAAAAUAGCGGAUAACUUUGACAUGCCCUUCUUCGAGGUCUCCUGUAAAGAGAAUAUAAACAUAGAGGAAGCAUUUUUAACUCUUGCCAGAAGAAUACGGGAACAACGGGGUCGUCGGGCAAGCCUCUUCGAAGCGUCGGAGAGAGAAGGCGCGAAUCCGGUGAUUACAGCCCAGUCGCCAUCGCAGCAGGGUGAUGCCUGGCGAUGCGCGUGUUAGCUGUUCAGCUUUUAUCGCCGAUUAGCAGCUGGUUCUCCGAAGGCGUUUCCAGAAGGUCGUCGAACGAGGUAGAAUGGUUUUAUAACGCAAAGCUCAUCAAUAUUACUAUAAUAAUUAUAUAUAUGAUAUGAAAAGGUAUCGAGAUAUUAAGGUAAGGAUUUUGUUAGGAACACGACCGGUUAUUACUAAGGGUACGAAUUAAAUACCUGCGAAUUUUUUUACGCAAUGUGUCCCAGCGAUCGGUCACCACAACUGUUCAACGCUGCAUCCUCGGACGGCUAAAUCCAUGAUAUCAAAGAUCAACUGUAAUUGAUACCUAGACAGAGAAGGAAAGUAUUAGGAGAAAAUCGAUACUGAUCGUUAGUCGAUAUUAACUUGAUGAAUAAUUUUCACUUCUAAAAAUGUUGAAGUUAUUGGGGUAUUCGGUUAGAAACAGCGUUGAAAAAUUGUGGAGUCCGGUAAUCGGUACACCAUGUAUAAUACGUACAAAUAUUAUAAUAAUGUAAUAUGUAUGUUGUGAACUUGCGAUAAUAAUAUUGGGCAGAUGCUAUUCUCACGUGAAAUUAAUUUUUUAAUUAAAAAUCGACUACGGCUUUUGUCUCCGUUGCGGUAUAUAAUUUUAUUCACGAUAACUGUGGCUGAAAUUUUUUCACUGUAUAAUUGGUGAUUGCACACGUUUUUACCUGGUUAUAUCAAAGUGAGAUAGCGUUUCCCAGUUUUUGUAUUGCGAUAGUAUCAAUGAAAAUGCAGUUGAGAAGGGACGAAAUAAAACAAGAGUGUAACUCGAUUUGUAUCAAAGUAAAAUAUUACUUCAAAUUCUGUAUGGAAGUACUUACAUGUACGAUGCGAUUUGAAUUUGACUCUAACAUAAAUAAUUAAAUAUAUAUAUUUAAUGGAAUAAUCUGCACAAACUGCUUUGAAGGGUCUACGUAUAUUACAUCUAAAAAUGAAAAAAAUCAUAACGCGUCAUGUAGCUGCAGAACGUCACAUUAUCACUGCGCGGUUGUUGUACUCGGAAAAUGAUGCAAAUUUUCGAUCGUAAGAAAAACCGAAAAAGUAAAAAGUCUGAGACAGCUUUGACUUUGAAAUUUGAAUUAGAGCAUCAGAUUUGUAAUUCUUGGAUUAUGAGUAUUCAUCUGUUACUGCAGCGCAGUUUUAAUUAGCUAAUUGCUAGUGCAGAAAUACGUAUUAGCUACGCUAAAUUAAAAAAAGAAAACAAGAAAAAACCAAAAAAAAACGCAUCAACAUAUAGCAUUUGUUGGAAAAUUGUCAUGUAAUAUAAUAUAGUUUGUAUGCUAAUAUUGCUAAUCGUUGUAUCUAAAAGUAAGCCACAAAGUCUUCAAACGCAUAAUUGUGAUCACCAAACUCUAUUGUUUAAACUAUAUACAUAGAAAUAUGUUGCGACUAAACUCCUGAACUGAAUCCUACGAAUAAUUUUAUCAGUCUAAUCGCAAUACCAGUUGAACGUUGAUAUCUUACUGCAGAAGAACUGUGACAUUUACAUUUAAAACACUUAUGAAAAGCAUAAAAACAUUUUCGAAAAUACUUUUUGAACUUGAUAAAGCUUUUUGGACGUUUCGAGGGCGCUCAGAAACCAUGCUCAGAUUACUUAAUAACGCCACAAGUCAAAAUUUUUUACGUUUUAGGGCGAUAAGUUGGCGAUAACUCAAUUCAUUUUAUAAAUAGAUCAAUUUGGCUCGCGGAUUCGGAUUCCUGAGAUUAAAAUACUUAGAAAUACCAUAGAAAACCCAUUAAAAAGAAUGUUGACUUUUGGAUAAUACUUCCAGGUGGUACUGUGGACAGACUUUCAUAGAAAUAAAAAAUUUUGGCCCCAAACAAACGCGUGAACAUGGGGUGAUAGAGAAAGGGCAUUUCAUUGCAUCACUUGCAUUUAUAGCAUCUUAUGUUUCCAUUAAGCUAUCCUGCAAUUACGUGUGGCCGGGAUUUGUGGAGUCUUGAUUUUUUAACAAUCUCGACUCGGACCACCCGAGUGGCCACCGAAAUUCGUAGAUUUAUUAAUAUAUUACGAGAUGUGCAAUACUCGAGAUAUUCGGUACUGGUAUAUAUUGCUAUAUCUCGAAAGCAAAUGAACGGUAAUUGUAAUUCAAAAUCUUCGUUUUUGCUGGCAGAAACAAAAAAGCCUUUAUUGUGCCUAUUAAAGAGAAAAAAAAAAGAAAAAAAAAGUAAAGCAAAAUAAAGUAAGCAGCUUUGUAUAGAUGGAAUGAUUAACUAAAAAAUGGCGCAAAUAAAUUGAAUAAAAAGAUUUUUGUGACGAUUACAUGAACGGUACGAAGAAGUCAAUUUACCGAACGUAUCAGGAAAAAAAUAAUUGGUGUCCAGCCGCAUAUUGUACGUUGACUGAAGCUCGGUAGUUUGAAGCUACCUUGCAUGCUAAUUGAUACGCCAGUAGUUUGCGGUUUUAUAUACACAAAUUUGAAAACGAGUAUAUCAAGUUUCAACCGUUCAUGAAUUGGGACAAAUUAUAGAUAUCUGACGGGCUUUGUAUCAUCGCAAAACAAUGUAUUAUUGUUGCUUUUGUAUAUUUGUAACUUACAGCAAUUUGUAUAAACUCUUCGAUAUAUGACUAUCGUCUUAAUCUGCUAAUAAGCGUUAGCAGCACGUAAAGUAAGAUCAUUAUACUGAUUUUACGAAAUAGGACAGGUAUUGUUUGUAAAAAGAUUCAGUUAUUUAAAAACCGUCGUUCACGAAUAUUUUGUUUCAUCUAUUUUGUUUAAAAACUCAUUUUUCCUGUACGCACAACGAUCGAUUUAUCAAUAGUGAUAGUUGUUUGGUUUCUCUAUGGCGACGAUAACUGAUAGGUAUAAGGUGUAUAGGAGUAAUUGGAAUGUUCUCGUACGUAAUUCAUGGUUUAAAUAAAAACGCUGGUUCGUAUCUGACUUACGCCCCGUAGGGAAAAAUUUGUUCUCGUGAGCUGGUCUCCGGAGAUGUGUUGAUAAUUUGUUAUGAAAAUUUGGCAGUUUUUAUCUGAACGUUGCAUAUUUAUUAUUGAACUGAAUUAUUUAUAUUUUUCAAUAUGUUACAAUCUUUUCGAAUAUGCUGGGGUAUUAAUUGAUCCAGUCUUUGAAAUCGUGCGAAUUCAAAUUUAAAAUCCUUGAUUGAUACUAUAGACUUUUCGGGAGUUUCCUAUGCUUAUACCUUAUACAACAAUAACUUACGUGUGACAAUGUCUCUGGGAUUGGAAAAGACCUAGCUCAGCUCAUGCCAUACGCAAAUUAAAUUUUGUCAGUCGAUUUUUGGAAGAUUUUCAUAGAUUAACCAUGCAUUCGCACGAGCCUCGAUUAGUUUUCGAAUUAUCGAUAAUCAUUGGCUGAAGUGUCGGCAAUUUGUAUGUAAAAUGUAUCGCCAUACUGUAUCAAUUAUUAGGGUAACUAUACGUUUGUAACAUUUCAGUUAAUCACUUUUUAGGAUAACUUGGUGUUUCGAUGGAUCAUAAAUAAAGAAGCACACUUUUUACCUGUA